AUGCGGCGCGAGCCCGGGCGGCCCUGGGCGCUGCCAUCUUGGCGCGCGAUUGGCCAACCGUGCCCGCCCCGCACGGUGAUUGGACCGGCGUCGGCCUGGCGGAAGCAGCGAGACUCGGAGGUGCCAGGCGUCAUGGCCGCAGCAGAGCCGCCGCUCCGGGACCGGCUGAGAUUCUUGCAUCGGCUCCCCAUCCUUCUGAAAGGCACGUCGGACGACGACAUUCCGUGUCCUGGUUACCUGUUUGAAGAGAUUGCCAACAUCUCCCACGAGUCCCUGGGGAGCAGCCAGUGCCUGGUGGAGUACCUCCUGCUGCGUCUACGGAGCAGCUCCGGCCACGUGAAGCUCAAGGUUCUGAAGAUCCUGCUCUACCUGUGUAGCCAUGGCUCCUCGUCCUUCAUCCUCAUCCUCAAGCGCAACUCUGCCUUCAUCCAGGAGGCCACAGUCUUCUCCGGGCCGCCUGAUCCGCUCCACGGAAACAGCUUGUAUCAGAAGGUGCGGCUGGCAGCUCAGGACUUGGGAAGUGCCCUGUUCUCAGACACCGAAUCACCGUUGCCUGUACCCCGGGCCUGCAGGCCACUGGCCCCUGCCGGCAUGGGCUCCCAGCCCCGACCCCAUAGUGGUCUCCAGGGCUUUGGCUACAGCCAGGAGAGAGGCCACAAAGGCUCUGCGGGUGAAGCCUUCCUCUCCACCAUCCAGAAGGCUGCAGAGGUGGUGGCAAACGCCAUGCGUCCUGGGCAGGAGCAAGCUGGUGCCCAGAGGCCUGAGUUGGGGGUCAGCACCUACCAGCCGGCUGUGACACCCUCAGCCAACCACGACCACCCUCCUCCUGAGAAGCAGCUCCCUGGCCUCAGUGCUGGAGCCCGAGCCGUGAGACACCAGCCAGGACAGCCCGGCGGCGGCUGGGAAGAACCAGACAGCAGUCCCAGCUCAGGGUCUUCUCAGAACGGUGGCCAGAGCAGGGCCUCUGACUGCAGCAGUGGCUGUGUUGGUGAUGGGCACUCGGGGGCCAGCCAGGAGCCCGGGGAGUUGGCUGAGAGGGUCGAGUCCAUGGCUCUCAGUGACUGCCGGCAGGAGGCCAGCCUCGUGAGAGCUGUGACGCGGGGACCCCGUGCUUUCCUGAGCCGAGAGGAGGCCCAGCGCUUUCUCAAGGAGUGCGGGCGGCUCAACUGUGAGGUGGUGCUGGAGCUGCUGACCCACCAGCUGGACGGGACCCCGGAGUGCGAGCAGAUGAGAGCCCUGUGUGCCCUGUCUGCCCUGGGCAGUGCUGACCUCCUGUCCCAAGAGCAUAUGCUCCUCCUGGCCCGGCCACGGCUCCAGGCACUCGGUACAGGCAGCCCUGGGCCCGUGGCCAGCAAGGCCACCAAGAUUCUCAGACACUUUGAAGCUUCCUGCCGGCCCCAGCCCCCACCCUGGGGACUCCCAGCCGAGCCAGGCCCCGCUGUGCCCCAGGACGCCCGAGCCUGCACCCACGACCUGCUGACUGACACAGCCCCCUUCUCAGGCAGCCAGCUGCCCGUACAGACUCUGAGUCCAUCCCUGCUUCAUCCUGCGGGCACUGCUCCCCCAGGGCACACAUGUCAAGGUCAGGAGAGCACUUGUGAGGCCGAGAAGGGCCUGGCAGGUUCUCAGGGGUUAGGGCCCAGGUCAGACACCCUGGACAGAGGCCCAGAGUCCGUCGCUGGCCCCAAACACUGUCCAUGGACCCCUGCAGUCAGCAACAAGUCCUUGUUUGAGGGCAUGGAUCUGGUGGUCCCCCUCUGCCCAGUGAAGGCCAGGCCUUCGGCUGAGAAGCCCCUCGUACCCUGCCUGGCUUCCACAGCCCCACGGACGCCGCUGCCAGAGGGGGCAGCCGAUGGACCUCCCACCUCAGAGCUGUCAGCUUUUGCAUUCUUGAAUGCUUAA